UGUUCAGCUAUUGUGUGAAAUGCUAGUGCUAUUCAUUUACUGCUUGCGUACGAGUUCGAAUCGAAAAGCGAUUGUGAUUAGAGAGUGAAUGUGAAUCUAACGACGGCAACUUGAUCAAGCAUUGAAUCAACACGGAAUUAGUAUCAAACAAAUCCUUACCGAGUUCAGACGCUACAUACAGCUGAUUGCUCUACAUAAAAUUGAUAACAAAAUUUCUGGAAGAGAUUUUUUUAAAACCAGAUUCAAAUUAGAUUCGAUAAAAUCGACAUUUAAGUGAAUUGAAAGAUCGAGAACAGCUUCCUCGAUAAAGUUGUUUUUAUUUGUCGUAAAAUUCACAGAAUUUAAAAAAUAAACGGUGAUAGAUGAUAAAAUUGCGACUGAUUGCUAAAAAUAAAUUGUCAAAAACCAUUUUUCUAUCAUUCGCGGAAAAUUUUUCAUCUUUUGAAAUGAUUGAAGUGGACAGUGCAACACCUACAAUAUAAAAAGUUCAACGAUUAAAAAGACUAGGAUAUCUUUUUCAGACGAACAUUCAAACAAAAGCCUUUAAAAUGUAAACGACUCGCUUUGAUUUUCCUGCAAAAAAAAAACAACAACAACAACAUCGCUUAUGAAAUAAACAGAAUCAAAGAAUAGCUGAUGAAAACGCAAUUUCGAAUUUAUUUUCGACAUUUUGGCCAAACUGGUAUUUAUUUACGCAGGUGGAAAUCCGCACCUAGAAUAAAUAACAAACCAAUCAAACGCAAUCUAAACAAAAAAAAUUUCAAUUGUUUACAAAAUGCACAUCUGAACAAAAAGCCCAUUGUCUACUGUUAUUGUUGUGCGUUAGUUCGAAAUACAAAGUAAAAAAAAACGGUGUACAUUGAAAGACAAAAGAAAACAAAAACACGCAAACAAAAUUAGAUGUUGAUAUUAUCCCUGAUAGGAUUAUUUUUAACGUCAUAUAAUUAAUUUUGAAAAUCGGAAAAGAAACAAACAAAUCAUCUGCUUUAACCCGAACGACAUAAGAUUGUGGGACCAAACGAAAACAACAACCAACAACAAAAAACGGCGAGUAGCUGAACAAUUUUAAACGACGUGACUUCUUUUUUUGGGAAACAAAUUAUUGAUCACUCAUCACUCAAUUUAUGCUCGAGCCAAUUGAACUUUGACCAAGUUUAGACACAAACACGCACAUGUUUUGGUGAACACCGAAGGAGCCAUUGAUUGAAAAUAGAUUAGUGUAAAAUUGUAUUGCGUUUAUUGCACAGUUUCGUACAUAUCGCGAAUGCCAUAACAAUUCUGAUUUAAUUGUACGGAAAACGGAAAGCGCAAGAGACAAGAAAAUUGUGAAUGAAACGAGUCAAUUUCGAAAAGCGCGUAAAUUUCCUUAAAGUUCAACGAAAGAAAAUCAGUUCAUCGUGAAUUCCAUGUACUACAUCUUGAGACGAAUACCAUUUUUAGAAAGUAAACGUCAAUUUAGAAAUAUGAAGCUCUCGGAAAGUAAAUCGGACACGCCAAACCUAACGGUUCAUCGAAACAGCGUGAAACCGGGCGGAAAUGAAGGUAGCGUAUUACAUCGUAUACCCGACAUGGAUUUACCGAGGAUGGAAAUAGAGAGUGAAUACAAUAUUGAACGAAUGAUAGCUGAAGGUUGUUUUGCCCGAAUUUUACUCGUUAACCAUCGGCCGACAAAUAGCCAAGUUGUACUGAAAGCCGUACACGUGGAACUAACAUCGUUGAAGGAGUUCUUCAAAGAAUAUCAUUACAGCUAUCAAUUGAGUCAUCAUCCGAACAUUCUAAGCGCAUAUCAAGUAGCAUUUCAUGCAAAUGAUUACUAUGUAUUUGCUCAAGAAUUUGCGCCAUAUGGUGAUCUGGCCAGCAAUUUGGGACCGGGUGGUUUGAACGAAUCAGCCGUCAAAAUUAUCGCCACACAACUCAGUUCAGCACUUGGUUUUAUGCAUUCGAAAAAUUUGGUGCAUCGUGACUUGAAAUUAGAAAACGUUUUAGUUUUUACGCUUGAUUUUUCGCGCAUUAAACUUUGUGAUUUUGGUGCGACGACACGAUCUGGCAUUUUGGUUACUCGCAUUAAGCAUACAUGGAAGAACUUUUUGCCACCCGAAGUUGUUGAAGCCGUUAAAAAUGAGAAAUUCAUCUGUCGUACAUCGUACGAUUCCUGGCAAUUUGGCAUUUUGAUAUAUUCCUUGUUGACCGGAAAUCCACCGUGGCGAAAGGCUGAUUGGGUGAAUGAUUCCCAAUAUGCCGCAUUUAAAAAGUACCAAGAACGAAAGACUACAAAAAUACCCGAUAAUUUUAAGAAAUUUACACCGCGUUUAUUGCGCGCAUUCCGUCGCAUCUUUGAACAUGAUCCCGAUGGCCGCGCGAAAGUCACAGAAGUUAUGAAAUAUGUUAAGGACAAAUGGGUUGAUUCAAAAUUGGCCAGCUCAAAAUCGACCGGCAACAUUUUGGGACAACAAGUCAAUUGUUGCGAUCAAGAUUCAAUUGUUGCCUAUCAAUAUCAACGUGAAAAUCGUCAAUCGCUCGAUGAAAGCAAAAUAAGACUGAGACGAUUAAUGUCAACAUAUGGUUUGGAAAAUCCGAUCGAUCAAACGGCAGCCAAAAAACGAGUCUGGGAAUGGGUACUCUCAUGUGAAGAAGGUUACGGCGAUGGACCGACAGAUAAUAUCUAAACAAUUUUCAAAUGACAUUCAAACAAUUUGUUUUUCUUUCUUAUUUUUUUUUUUCUAUCGUUGUUUCGUAAAAAGUUGAAGAAUUUUCAGCUCUUAAAUGACCAGCUCAGCUCUUUAUAAUGGGGCCGUGAUUUGCAAGCGAAAAUAAUAAGAGUAUCAAACAAUGAAUGUUUUGUGCCAAGAACUUAAUUGUAUUUUAUAUGCUUCUAAUUGUUCACACGUGCCAACGAAGCAAAACACAUAUGUAUGGAAAAGUCUGCCACAGUUCAUACGAACAUAAUGAAUUCGCAUGGCUUCAUCAUGCACAAUAUUAAUUGAUUGAGAAAAAAGAAAGGAACAUGCGACACAUUAAAUAAAAACCCGGUCAUAAAACCACCUUAAACGUUUAGACUUCUUGACCCAUUAAAUUGGCUGAUAAACAAUUGAAAAAAUAAGUGUGCUCGGCAUGAUGAAAUUGUAUUUAUUGACGACCAAAGACCAAAAACAAAAUACUGUUUUCAUUCAAAAUCAGUGUUGUUUUUGCUAUAUUUUUGUACUUUUUAAUACUGAACUUUGGAACAGAUGCUCACCCAUAAAAAGUGCACCUGUAAAAUUGGGCGUCACCAACCACCGAAUAAUGCUUAAUGAGCUUAAUUACAUGUUGAAAAUGUCCACCCAUAUUUACAUAGAGAAAAAUACAGAAUUUAUUUGUAUGUCUGACAGAAGAAAACCACAAUAACAAUAAUCGACUUUGAGAUAAUAAUCGAGUUUAUUCAUUUUGAUGUAUGCAUUUAACCAAAGUCAAAUGGACAGAAUGGAUUGUGCCAAGUGCUGCACACAACUUUGAAUAAUGUCACAACAUGAUGUAAACAUCAAAAGAAAAAAGGAAAAAAAACAUCACAAUUCAUUAUCGUUAAAAGAAAUCUAAAUGUUGGCACAUCCAUUCAAAUUAAUAUAAAAAAAGUAAAAUGUUCAAAGAAAUAAAAAAAAGCAUCAACUUACAUUUCAUAAGGAAAAUAUCUGAGAUAAAUGGUCCCAAACUCUGAAAUAUGUAGUUUAACCCCAUACACAUGAACAAAAAACAAUUUGCAAACAUAAAAAAAAUCACAUAUUAUUAUAUCAUUGUAUAGAUAUUUAUGAAUAUCAUGUUCAUUGAAAGAAGGAAAGAAAUAAACCCAAUAAGCAUAUCCUUUAUUUAUAUAUUAAUACAGAUGGAGUUGAUUUUUGGUUCGAAUAAUGAAAAUGGAAUUUAUAACUGGUCAGAGAAAAAUGAUAAAAAAACUCGCCUAAUUGUGAAAUGGAAAGGAGAGUUGAUAUCGUUCAUUUUUUUUACGCUUCCGUAGCGUGAACAAUUCCAGUAGAGGUGCUCAGCAUCCGAUCAAUUGCCAAGUUUCUUUUUAGAAACUUUAACGGAGAACUGAAGAAUCCCUCUACCACUCAUCACACUAUGGGCCAUUUCACGAAUGGCCACCACUAGCCGAAAAAAAAGAACAAUCCCAGACUUCUUUCGAUCGCACCAAUAGACAAUGAUAGUGGCCAAAAAAAAUUACGUAAAAGAAAAAAAAAACCAAAAA